AUGCCAACUGCUGUUGUGCACCACGAACAAGAGCGUUUCGUUCUUGCCACCACCGACAAAAGUCGUCUCGGCAAAAGUCGGUCCACGACUGGAACAGAAAACAUCACCGUUCCAUGCCUUCAGCUAUCCUACCAGCAUCCAUCAGCGGCACGAUACAAUUUGACGCCUACCAUCGAUGCUGUUAUGCUCUCACUCCUUUCUCUUAUCAUAGCGUCGGGAACAGUUUUACGAGCCGAUACUGAGCAAUGGGAGCCGACUUCAUACCCGGAUCCUCGCACCAACGCAUCCCAGUGCAACACCGUCGAGGAUUCCACAUUAUGCGAUCCAGACAGAAUACUUACUGAUACUUGGCGUCAAACUAUCAAUGACAACAUCGCUAAGCAGACAGCACGACUACAGAACGUUGACGUUCAAUACACCUCUGAAGCGGCAGGACAUUGUUGUGCAGGCAAUGUGACUGAUGUACGAAUAUUUGUGAUUCUGGCGAGAAGAAUCAACACAACCUCGAAUCAAAACAUCACUAGCAACGACCUGACCACCUUCGGCCAUGGUCUACGGGAAGCGUACGGUCUUGAUGCACAACCAUGCAAAAACUAUAUUCUCAUUCUUGGGGUUGAACUGGCAAAGGAGCUGUAUGUUUGGACAGGAUCUGACCUGGCAUUUCCGAAAGAGCGCAUGGACACUUCACUAAGCCAGUACAAGAACAUGUUUCUCGAACGGAAUUACAUGGAAGGAUUGAACAAAAUUGUUGCGGAAAUCGGCAACAUUCUGGUGGAUCCAUUCAAGGACUCAUCAACAGUAACAAGUAUGAACAAUGCAACGAUCGACCUCGAUGGAGAAACGUCCGUUGAAAACACGACCACUUCUUUAGGACAGAGUCCAUCUGCGCCGAUAUGGGUUUACGUCAUUAUGAUUACGUCAGUCAUAGUCGCCAUCGUUUCCCUCAUUUUGUUGUUCGCAGUAUUAUGGAAGAAAUACGAGAUUCGUGAAAUGUUGCAUGAACUGUAUCCAAACAAGAAGGAGAAGCCUACAUUCAUAUCCUCAGAUGAUGCUCCAGCCGCAAGACCUGCUCCUGAGAAAUGUGAAAUCCACAAUGUCAGUUCAAUUCAAGAGCUAAAAGAAUUGCCACAGGAAGAGAGUUCUGAGGAUAGUGCUAGCAGUCCCCCAUCCGGCACGAAAAACCGUAAAAGAUAUUCGGUAAGCGAAAUAUCGUUGCCUCGUACAGUAUCACUCAGUGGGUCCAAUCGACUAGCAUUUCUCCAAUCUGCAGACGCCUAUCGGCUUCGAAAUGCCGAACAACAUUUUCAUAAUUCCCCGUCGGAUGGGAGUUUCGUGUAA